UGCUAUAUUGAAUUGAACAAACUAAGGAAAGAUUAAAUCAAUCUAUGGAGAUGAGCAGCGCGAACAAAUUGACGUGUGACUUGCUGGUUGAGAUUCUCUCUCGACUGCCCGUCAAAUCUCUGUACCGCUUCGCCUGUGUUUCGAAAUCUUGGAACGCCAUCAUCACCAACAACAAUGGUUACUACCGCAAGAAGCUACCCUCGCCCCUCUCCGGACUCUUCUAUGAGGUGGGCGACGAGUUCGAUGAAGACUCGGUGUACGUCAGCACGCCAACCAAUCACCUGCAGCAAGAGGAUUCUAUCGGCUUCGACAUCAAAUCUGUUCUCGGUUUCUUGCCUCAACAUCACAAAUUACUGGUGCAAAGCACUUGCAAUGGCUUGAUCUUGUGUUCUACUCGGCCUGACAAGUGCCUUUACGUAUGCAAUCCAGCCACCAAGAGAUAUCACAAGAUACCUGAACCUGCAGAUGACCAUCCCUACCAAAUGGCCUUCGCCUUUGAUCCCCGUCUCUCCCCCCACUACAAGGUUGCCGCGAUGAUCAAUAGACGAGACACCAAUUAUAUGGAGAUCCUGUCAUCCGAGACCCGUGAGUGGGUAAAGUACGAGGACUGUAAGGGCCCGAUUAAUCAUGCAUAUACCACUGUUUCAGCUUUCGUUCGUGGAAAUUUGCAUUUCUUGGACCUCGACUGCUCUUUCAUAGAUGCAGUGGAUCUCAAGAAGAAGGUUUGUCGAGAAAUAGAGACACCACGUACUAAAAACCCCAUACGGAUGGGAUGCAUUCAGCAAUUUGGUGGAAGUUUGCGUUGCGCUCUGAGAACGACAAAAGAAAUAUUUGUUUGGGAUUUGGUGGAUUACGAUAAACUGCAAUGGAGGUCGAGAUAUAGGGUCGACCUUCAAAGAUUUAUCGAGCAACCUCGACGGGGUUUCUGGCUCUGGGGGCACAUCGAAGUCAGGGCACUUCAUCCAGAUACGGGUGUAAUUUUCGUAGUCAUAGGUUAUGAGCUCUUAUCUUACAAUUUGAUUACUCGCGAGAUCACCCAGAAAUCAUGCUAUCGAUAUUGA